AAAAUGCCAUAAAUAACCCCCAAAUCUGUCAAACGAACCUCAGUCGUCAUGGAGAUCCCACAGCUUGCUGUGAUCGUUCUAGCUCUUCAGGCACAGUUGCUCCCAAGCUCCGCCUGGACCCCGCACUCCCCGGAGCAAUUCCGCCGCUUCGAGGAGCUGUGCAUGGACCUUGCAGAGGUCCCGGUCCGCCAGCGGGCACUGCUCCGAGAGCACCUCUAUCCGGACGAGCACCGGACGCACUGCUUCCACCGGUGCUUGGGCAUCGUCAGCGGGCUGUACUCGGACCGGGAGGGGGCCGAUUUGGGCCGGGUUUACGCGCAGUUUGGCGGGGGACGGAACGAGACGCAGUUUCGGGACGGCGCGGAACGGUGCUUCCGGUGGAUGUUGGCGACGGAGAUGGGGGAGGGUGGCAGCGGGAUAAGAUUGGGGAAGUGCGAACGGCCGUACCGGAUGCACCAGUGCUUUGCCAAGGUUUACAGGGAGCAGUUUGAGGGGUUGUGAGACAAAUAAAGAAGCAAAAGCUUGAUACAAUAGU